UGUUGAAUAUAAAGGUGCUUUGCUUAUGAGUAGCUAAUGAAACAAUAAUUGAAGAAAUAAUUAAAUCCACCUGGUUAAUCAUAGUCAUUAGGAAAAACAUUAUUAAUCAAUCCAUCUUAAAGCUAUGAUUAAUAGGCUUAAGUGGGAAAACGUGGAUUAAGGUGAGGCACUACAUAAGUGAGACCCACUUAAUUAGAGUUUCUAAAAUGGUGUAUAAAUAUGGGAGAUGGUGGGGUUGAAGCUCCAAACACAAUCCUAAGAGGGUUCUUAGUAGAGGUUUUCUCUGUUCAAAGCUAUGGUGCUGAAGAUAGCUGAUGAAUAUAGGCUACAAGUUGAGUCAAACACAGAGGAAAAUAGUAAUUCGGUUUUAGUGAGAGAAUAUUGUGAAGAGAGCGAUAAGGUGUCAGUGGAGAAGAUGGAGAGGCAGUGUGAUGUUGGACAGAAAGGGAAGCCUUCUAUUUUCACUGAUCUUCUGGGUGAUCCUAUUUGCCGCGUUCGUCACUUCCCUUUGCACGUCAUGCUGGUAAAUACAAUAUACAUAUGCCAUCAACUAGUGAAAAUGAUGCAUUUAUUUGUUGCAGAGUAUGGAAAAGCAAGAGAAAUCAUAGGAGUUAUAAGAGGAUGUAUCAAACAUGUGACAACAGGUCAUUCUCAUCAUGUUCUAAAGCUGGCAUAUAUUUUGGGCUUAAGGGUCUCUACAACUCACAGGAGGCUUGGAGUUGGCACAAAACUUGUUCAACAUUUAGAGGAAUGGUGCAAGCAAAAAGGUGCAGACUAUGCAUAUAUAGCAACAGACUGCGCCAAUCAGCCGUGCAUCAGCUUGUUUACGCAGAAGUUUUCAUACACAAAAUUCAGAUCCCCCACAGUGCUGGUUCAGCCUGUCCACGCCCAUUACAAGCCAAUAGGCUCAGCGAUCGCCAUUGUCCGCAUUCCUCCGCACAUUGCUGUUAAAAUUUAUCGCCAUCUCUUUGCAAAUGCCGAGUUCUUCGCCACGGACAUUGACGCCAUUCUUUACAACAAGCUUAACUUGGGCACUUUCAUGGCAGUUCCCAAGAAGCUGCUCCCUAAGUGGGACCCUGAAACAGGGAUCCUCCCUCAGAGCUUUGCAAUCUUGAGCGUGUGGAACACUAAAGAAGUUUUCAAGUUGCAGGUGAAAGGAGUGUCUAAGCUAACUUAUGCGUGUUGCAUGGGAAGUAGAUUGCUGGAUUCAUGGCUACCAUGGCUGAGAGUACCUUCAUUUCCAGAUGUAUUCAGCCAGUUUGGGGUGUAUUUUUUAUACGGACUAACCAUGAGAGGAACUAAUGGUUCACGCCUCAUGAAAUCUCUAUGCACAUUCGUGCAUAACAUGGCCAAGGACGAUGUGGGGUGUGGGGCAGUGGUAACAGAGGUAGGCCAACAGGAUCCUGUAAGAGUGGCCAUCCCCCAUUGGAGGAGACUUUCAUGGAAUGAAGAUCUAUGGUGCAUCAAGAAGCUGACAGAUUUGCAAGGGGAUAACUGUGAAAGAUCUAAAACGUCUGAUUGGAUCAAAUCUCCACCAUCUUCAGCAGGGAUAUUUGUUGACCCUCGAGACAUCUAAGUAUCUUCCUUUCUUCUUCUUCUUUUCUUUUUCCUUUUCUUCUUUCUCAAAUCAGUACAGAAAAUGACAAAAUCCUGCUGUGUACUGUCUUACAGUACAAAAGGAAUGUUCAUAAAACUCUAGCCUAGUCUUCUUUUUUUUUUUUUUUUUUUUCUCCCCAAUGCUCUUCAGUAGUCAAUGCCAACUGAAAGAAGUUAAGCUUACACUUUUUAAGUCGCAUUUCAAUCAUUGGUCUUGAACAAGUUCUAGAAGUCAGUUGAGGGCUAAUGUGACAGGUGGGUGGAAAAUUGCAAAACAUCAUUGGAAUUUCGGGUAUUUAUUAAAUUUUCCACAAUUAAAUUAAUUAUACUUGUACAAGUAUACAACUCUAGUUUUCAACUAAAGGUCAACAUUAUAAAUGAAAAUCCUUCAUCUCAACAUGGUACACACUCCUAUAAUUUGGAGAUUUUUGUUUUUUAUAUCAGUAAGAAAAUCCUCUCCAAGUUAGAGAUAGGAAAAGGAGAAAUAUGAUGGCUGGAGGAGGCUAUUGAAUAGGAUUAAUUCUUUUAAAGAAAAAGAAAAUAAUAGUAAAAGAUACAGUUGGUCCAUGCACUCAAGCCCCCUUCUGAACCAUUCUUUCCAACUUUCUUCCCUCCCGGCUCCCCUUUUUCUCAUCUGUUACUGAACUGACUCCAUCUCUCUCCAAUAACACUAGGAGUCAUCAUAGAAAGAUGAAUGCUGCAAAUCAUCUCUUCUCCUAUGACCAUUAGCCGUCAUAAAAGAAGAUGGAUACUGAAAAAUUUUACAGUAAUUCCAUGAGAUUGCCACUAAUAUUUAAUCACAUAAUUAGCAUUUAAAGUAAUAUCAACUUGUAAAUGGACAAAAGUCUUACUCAGUCAUAUCAGGUUAUCUGAAAUCAGGAAGGGUUUGAGAGCUUAGACACAUUUUUACAGUACCUACUAAGGAAACUCCAACAUUCAAAAUCAUGUAUGAGACUUUAGUAAUUCAUGUUUGACGCAUUUAUAGUGUUUUAGCCGCAAUGGAUAACUAUGAUCGUGCAAGGUGUUGUAAUGGUAAACGUGAGGCAAAGACUGUCCAUUUAUGUCUAAAUUCAGAUAUCCCAAGAUGAACUUCAGUUAGGUGCUUCCAUUAAAAUAGAAAAGUUGCUUUCAUCUUGAAUGGUUAAGACGAACGCGUAGUUUUGAAAUUUUAAAUCCACAAAAUA